CUCUUGCCUCAGUAUUACAACGGCCCGCUCAGGCCCGCCAUCGACACCCAGCCCGCCAUAGAGCACAUGGGACACCUCGUGGACGAUAUCUUCGGCGGCGACGCCAGCAAGGUUGUGUUUGGCUUCUGCAUCGCCGACUGCUCUGGGACCGGCAGCAACGUGGACGGCAGCCAGGCCGCCGCCAUCCUCCAGGACGUCGCCGCGGCGCCCACGGAGGCGCCCGCGACCCCGUCGCCCACGCCGGCGGUGCCGACGCCGACGCGGGCGCCCACGGAGGCGCCCACGACCUCCCCCUCCGCGUCCGGCGGGGAGCCCAGCGUCUGCGAAGCGGCUGUGGCCCACCACGGCAAGGCCUGGGACUUCGCUGGGCCCUGCUCCGCGUGCCUGGCUGGGAACAACGUCUGCUACGACGACCCUGAGCAUGAUUCUCAGAGCCUCUGCUCGCAGUGGCCCGAGAACGUGUGGUGCGGAGAAGCGUCGCUCGUGGACUCUCGCCGCAGCAGGCGCCGGCCGCACGCCUUCCUGGGCACGGCGCUGCUCCAGACCGUGUGCCCUCUGUCGCGCGCUUCUCCCAGCGAGGUGCUCGGGGCCUGAGCCCGGCCUCUUUUGCCCGAUGGGGGUGCCGAAGAGCCCCUCUCCGAGACGUCGCUCCAUUGUUGCCGCCCACCAGUGCCGGCGAGACGUCGCGGCGCACCCGUCGUCGCCCUCUGCCUGCAGCGUCCUGGCAGCGCUCGAGGCAGGAUCCGGAA